AUGGAUAUAAAGUCCGGUUCAUUCAGCGGCUCUGGUGAUUAUUUUGACAUACCCGCAGCUGAGCAAGAAGUUACGGUUGAUUCCAACGAUCAACCAAAUACUUCAACUAUAGGUGCUUCGCUCGUUCAAAAUAUUUCGACCGUCCGAAAUGAUGCCAUUCUUCAACCCGUUGGUCAACAAGUUUUUCGGCUACCAAAUACUCCUCAACGUUCCCGUGUAAUUAUGUUGCAACGUACGAAUCAGGGUCAAAUUGUGGGUGCGCCACAGCCCCAAUCACAGCAAACUGGUCAAGAGAUAAGAGGUAUAAGGUAUGUAACUUUGCCUGGUGCAGGUGGCAAGCAGAUCAAAGCUGCCGUUAUUCCUAAACAUAUGCUCCAACGCGGUCUCAGAUUUGUGACGAGUUCCGGUCAACAAACGCUUACUCCUGGGGGAACGGUGGUUGUUAACAAUCAGCCUGGUACACCCGGCACACCUCGAAUUCUCACUCUCAGACCAGCUACUCAAAUUGGGGGUCAAACUGGCCCUGGAGUGACCUUUCUGAGUCCUGCGGGAGGUGGUCAGAUUCGGCCGAGAACAAUUAUUGUCUCAAAUGCUUGUGGCCAGGCCCGUGUAACUCAAGGCUUCUCUUUAAACCAACAAUUAUCGCAGCAAGAGGAAAUGGAGAAUUCGUAUAUUCACCAAGGGCCUGAGGGUUAUGUUCAACAGGGGUAUCUUGAUUUGUCCGCCACUGCAGCUGCUGCACAUCCGGGCCAUUUCGGUCGCCAAGCCAGUCCAGGUGGACAUGAAGGCGAAGGAGAGGAGGAUCAUGUCAACACUGGACUUAAAACCAAUGGCUUGAGACGCUAUGCUCGAUGCGUUUGCAAUAAGGUGAAAGAAAAGGGAGUGACCUCUUACGGAGAAGUAGCAGACGAACUAGUUCACGAAUAUGCUGCGGAGCAUCCCAUGAUUCCUUCUGAACAGUUGCAUUACAUUCAAAAAAACAUUCGUCGUCGUGUCUACGAUGCUUUGAAUGUUUUGAUGGCUUUAAAUGUUCUACAAAAAGAGAAGAAGGAGAUUAGGUGGAUGGGUCUUCCCGUAAAUAUGAUUGAGGAAUGUCGUAGGCUAGAAGAUGAAAGAGAAAAGCGUCAAAAUUCUCUUCGAAAUAAGACUGCGGAAAUACAGGAGUUGAUACUGCAGUUGAUUGCUUUUAAAAAUCUGAUCUCUCGUAAUCGUUUGACAGAGAAUAUGCGAAGAGAGCAACAACAGCACCAAACUGGCACUGGCAAUCAAAAAUCGUCAAACAACCUGGAUGAAAAUGUGGCCGCUUUGAUUCCUCAGCGUCUUGAUCGCAUUCCUCUGCCAUUCCUUGUCGUUUCGACCAAUAGGAAGGCGGCAAUUGAUUGCAAUAUCUCCAAAGCUAAGCUGGAGUAUUUCUUUAAUUUCGACCAGCCCUUUGAAGUUCGGGAUGAAGUCGAUACAUUGAAGCGAAUGGGCCUUACUUUACGACUAGGAAGUCCACAGUGUACCCAAGAGGAGUAUAAUCAGUGCCUUGAGCUUAUUCCUCCUUCACUUCGUUUCUAUGUUGAAGGUAAGUCCUUUCAGAUAAACAUAAAGCCCGUUGCUUUCAGUCCCUUUUCACUACAAGAAAAUCCCAAAAGAUGUCUCCCGAUCUUUAAUUCACUUUCUAAGCUUUAUUCUAGUAGUUAUUUUAUUGCCCCUUUUUUAGCUAUCUAUGAGCGUCGCCAAGCCAUUGUUCCAGAUUUUGAUGCCCUGCACCAACAGCGCCGUCUCUUUGUUGAAGCCCGUUUGGCUGAAGUUUCUGGAACAGGAGGAGAAGAAGAUCCAAAUAGCAAUUCCCACGGUGCUGGUAGUGGUGGUGACCACCGUCGCUAUGGAGACGAUGAGUUCUUUGGCGGUGAGAGUGAAGGUCAACCCACUUCAGAACAGAUUCAUCUAACUCGUGGUGGCGGUACUGAUAUCACUCCUGGAGAUACUCAACACUACGCUAGAGCAGCGGCUUCCCGUGGUUUUGUGGUACCUGGUGGCCCUGGAGGGCUCUUGCGCCAUUCUGCGAACAGCAUUCAUCGUCAGGCCGUCAAAAUGACAGUUGAAAGUGCAUUGGCUGAAAGUGCUGCUGCGGAGAAUGCAUCGGCAGCUGCCGCAAUCAGUGCUGCAGGAGAUGGGCGACUAUUCGAGGUUGGAGAGGAUGAGUCGGAUGUGGAUAUGGUUGAGGAAGAUGAAGAAAUAGAUAAUGAGUCAAUAAAUGAUGAUGUGGAUAUGGUUGAGGUCGAAAGACAUGUCAAAGCUCAGGUAAUGAUUGAAUACCGAAAAAUCUACUAUUUCAGAAAGCAUUCGGAAAUAUUAGAAGGCCCAUCUGAAAAAAGUGGAAUGAAGGAAUCGAGGAUCCCAUGCAAAUACGGGACAGAAUGUUAUCGAAUUAAUCCAGAUCAUUUUAGGAGAUACUCUCACCCCAGUAUUUCUCAAAAUUGUAAUUCUGGGUCAUUGGGAUCUAAUAGUGUUGUCGAUUGCGAAUCAGAUUAUGGUUUUUAUUUGCAUCGGGUGUCUGGGUUGAAAUAUGGUUCGAUUCCAACAAUUACGCUAUCAGAAAUAUUGAACGAAAAGAAUGGCGAACUUCAGGAAUCAGCACAGUUUAAUUAUAUGUUUGAAGUUGAUUGGAUGAUUCAACAAUAUCCACCAAAAUAUCGAUCUCUCCCUCUCCUUAUCGUUCACGGCUAUGGAGAUCGUCAAUCUCGUGAGCUUGGACAGAAAGCGUUUAAAAUGUGUAACCUUACUGUUGUUGAGGCUCCAAUUCCAUUUGCCUAUGGCACACAUCACACAAAAAUGAUGCUCCUAAAAUAUGAUGACGGGAUGCGAGUUGUGAUCCAUACAGCUAAUCAAAUUCAAUCUGAUUGGCAUCUUCGAACCCAGGGGCAAGUGAUAUGGUUAUCGCCGAAACUCACUCCUGGGAACAAGGAUUCAAAAACCAACUUUCGAGCUGAUCUGAUCCAAUAUCUCGAAGCAUAUGAUUCUAGACAGCUCGAUCACUGGCUCGAUAUCAUCAAAAAUCAUGAUUUCAGUUCUAUCAAAGUUUGGCUUAUCGCCAGCGUGCCGGGCCGACACAAAGGCAAUAGAAUGAACUUAUUUGGCCACCUCAAACUUGCCUCCAUAUACCCAUCAGUGAAGACGGUUCGUGAAAGUCUUGAAGGCUAUGGGGCAGGUGAAUGUCUUCCCUAUUGCUCUAAUAUAGCCACACGUCAACCCUGGUUGCGUUACUUUCUUCAUGACUGGGUUGGAUGCAAUCCUGGCGUUUCAAGAGCCAUUCCACACAUCAAAAGCUACUGUCGGUGUUCGCCUGAUGGUAAAAGCGUGGCUUGGUUCCUUCUUUCAAGCGCUAAUCUAUCAAAGGCAGCUUGGGGCUGUUACCAAGUAAAUAAAAGCCAAUUAAUGAUACGGUCUUACGAACUCGGUGUUCUCUUUACUCCGGAAACCAAUGAAAAUACGGUUGGUCAGCGUUUCUAA